GACAUUUAAAAGGUCCAGACUCUGGAUUUUGGUACUGUAUGUUCCCAGGUGCACGAGGGUGGAGGACUCCAGCACAACUGGGAAGCCCGAGUUUCCAGGAGCUUGCUUAUCAGAAGUGGCCAAGCCAAAUAGGACCUUCUGCUUUGUGGGCUGAGACAGAGAGCCCCAAAAAGGAGUGCUGAAGUCAUCAUGCUACAGCAGCUCCUGAUCACCCUGCCCAUGGAGGCCAGCACCUGGGUGAAGUUGUGCCAUCCAAAGAAGACCAAGGAGGGGGCGCCCCUGUGGGAGGAUGUGACUAAGAUGUUUGAAGGAGAAGUUUUGCUCUCUCAGGAUGUUGAUGAGACCCAGAGAGAAAGUCUCGAGGAUGAAGUCACCUCUAGGCUCUCGACAGUGGAAUCUCAGGGACUAUUGACCUUCAAGGACAUAUCUGUGGACUUCACCCAGGAGGAGUGGGGGCAGCUGGCCCCUGCUCACCGGAAUCUAUACCGGGAGGUGAUGCUGGAGAACUAUGGGAACCUGGUCUCCGUGGGAUAUCAGCUCUCCAAACCUGGUGUGAUUUCCCAGUUGGAGAAAGGAGAAGAGCCAUGGCUGAUCGAGAGAGAGAUUUCAGGAAGUCCAAGUUCAGACUUGGAGAAUAAAACAGAAACCAGGGAGUCAACCUUAAAGAAUGAUAUUUCAGGGGAAGAAUUACACCAUGGCCUAAUGAAGGAACAGUCCACGAGAGGAAGCACCAUAUAUUCCACAUUGGGAAGAGUCUCCAGAUGUGAUAAGUUAGAAAGCCACCAGGAAAACCAAGGAAUGGGUGAGCGGCAGAUCCCCUUGACCCACGAGAAAACACUCACCCAGGAGAGAGGCCGAGAAUCUAACAGAUUUGAGAAAAGUAUUAAUGUGAGCUCAAAAGUUAUUCCUGGACCAGAAGGUCCUCCAAGAAAAAAAGACCAUAAAUAUGAUAUAUCUAGAAAGAAAAGUAGAUACAAUUUAGAUUUGAUCAAUCAUUCAAGGAGUUAUACAAGAAUGAAAACUUUUGAAUGUAAUAUUUGUGAAAAAAUCUUCAAACAGCUCAUUCACCUUACAGAACACAUGAGAAUUCAUACUGGAGAGAAACCUUUCCGAUGUAAAGAAUGUGGAAAAGCCUUUAGCCAAAGUUCAUCCCUUAUUCCACAUCAGAGAAUCCAUACUGGUGAGAAACCCUAUGAAUGUAAGGAAUGUGGGAAAACCUUCAGACAUCCAUCAUCUCUUACUCAACAUGUUAGAAUCCAUACUGGGGAGAAGCCCUAUGAAUGUGGCAUAUGUGAGAAAGCAUUCAGCCAGAGCAUUGGGCUGAUCCAGCAUCUGAGAACUCAUGUUAGAGAUAAACCUUUCACCUGCAAAGACUGUGGAAAAGCAUUUUUCCAGAUUAGACACCUUAGGCAACAUGAGAUUAUUCAUACGGGUGUGAAACCCUACAUUUGUAAUGUAUGCAGUAAAACCUUCAGCCAUAGCACGUACCUAACUCAACACCAGAGAACUCAUACUGGGGAAAGACCAUAUAAAUGUAAGGAAUGUGGGAAAGCCUUUAGCCAGAGAAUUCAUCUUUCUAUUCAUCAGAGAGUCCACACGGGAGUGAAACCUUAUGAAUGCAGUCAUUGUGGGAAAGCUUUUAGGCAUGAUUCAUCCUUUGCUAAACAUCAGAGAAUUCAUACUGGAGAAAAACCUUACGAUUGUAAUGAAUGUGGAAAAGCCUUCAGCUGUAGUUCAUCACUUAUUAGACAUUGCAAAACACACUUAAGAAAUACCUUCAGCAAUGAUAUGAUGACAAAGAAGGGAUUCCCCCACCGGAAGAGCUGGCGGGCCACGUGGUCCCUUCGGCUGCCGCCUAGCCCCGCCCACGGCGGGCAGGCUGACUGCUGCCCCUGGGUCUGGGCGCCCCCGGCGCGCUCCGCCGCUCCCGCGCCGGGUUUUCGGGCGCGCCGGCUUCCCGGGAGAGGGCGGGCUCGGGGCGUCCCCUCGUGGGCGGAGCCCGCAGCGGGGCGUGCGGAGCCGCCGGAAGACGCGCGCGCCGGGCGGCUGGCUGCGCGGUCGCGUGGGGUGGCCGGACCGGGGGCGGGGCGGCGCGGGCUCUACCGGCGCCGCGGGCGACGGCGGGGCGCGGCGGGAGGACGGAGGCGCCGGGCGACUCGGGGCUGCGGCCCACGAGGCGGGGCGGCGGGCGGAGCCGGCCGCCGGCGCCGGCCCGGCGUCAGAGCGACAGCCCGCGAGGUGUAUCCUCGCCUGAGUCUGCGGGAAGCGGGGUCGGGGCAGCCCUCCCACUGCGGCCCGCGGAGACCCCCUCCCCGGCGCGCGGCCGCGGAAGGCCGCCAGGGAGGGCGGCGGGGUGAUGCGGUGCGGCGGCGGGCCUUAGGCCGGCUCCGCGGGGAGCCGGGAGAAGCCCCGCGUCAGGGGCGGAGGCCGAGGUCCCGCGGGCUCCCGAAGGAAGCGGGAACGUGGGGCGUGUUUUGGAGAAUCGUCGGUGAGCGGGGGCAUGUGGUCUACGAAAGCUGGGGAAGAACAAAAUCUGCUACCUCCCGGUCCUCUGAAGAGACACCCUGUGGCGCCGAAAGCUUCGGGAGCGAGCGCUUUUGCGGCCGCGUCCCUGAUCCCAGCAGCGUCCAGGGCCGAGCUGAAGUGGACAAGCCCAGUUGGGUGGGCAUCGUCAUGCUGCAGCAGCUCCUGAUCACCCUACCCACGGAGGCCAGCACCUGGGUGAAGUUGCGCCAUCCAAAGAAGGCCAAGGAGGGGGCGCCCCUGUGGGAGGACGUGACUAAGAUGUUUGAAGGAGAAGUGCGGCUCUCUCAGGAUGUUGAUGAGACCCAGGAAGAAAGUUUGAAGGAUGAAGUCACAUCUGGGUCCCCAGCAGCAGAAUCCCAGGGACUGUUGACCUUCAAGGACAUAUCUGUGGACUUCACCCAGGAGGAGUGGGGGCAACUGGCCCCUGCUCACCGGAAUCUAUACCGGGAGGUGAUGCUGGAGAACUAUGGGAACCUGGUCUCCGUGGCAGGAUACCAACUUUCCAAACCUAGUGUGAUAUCCCAGUUGGAGAAAGGACAAGAACCAUGGAUGACAGAGAAAGAAGGCCCAGGAGAUCCCAGUUCAGACUUGAAUAAAACAGAAGCCAAUGGAUCAACUGCAAAGAAUGACAUUUUACAGGAACAGUUAUAUCAUGGCAUUAUGAUGGAAGGGUUCCUGAGAGAUGAUGUCAUUUAUUCCACACUGAGAAAAGUCUCUAAAUAUGAUGGUGACUUAGAAAGGCACCAUGAAACCCAUGGGAAAGAUGUAAGACAAGCCGUCCUGACCCACAAGAAGAGUGGCCAAGAAACUAACAAAUUUGGGGAAAAUAUUGUCAGUUCAAAUGUGGUUAUAGAGCAGAGGCACCAUAAAUGUGAUACAUCUAGAAAGAGGAACAAAUACAAAUUAGACUUGAUUAAUCAUCCAAGUUACAUAAGAACAAAAACCUAUGAAUGUAAUAUAUGUGAAAAAAACUUCAAACAACCCAUUCAUCUUACUGAACACAUGAGAAUUCAUACUGGUGAAAAGCCUUUCAGGUGUAAGGAAUGUGGAAGGGCCUUUAGUCAAAGCGCAUCCCUGACUACACACCAGAGGAUCCAUACCGGCGAGAAACCCUUUGAAUGUGAAGAAUGUGGCAAAGCCUUCAGACAUCGCUCAUCUCUUAAUCAGCAUCACAGAACUCACACUGGAGAGAAACCCUACGUAUGCGAUAAAUGUCAGAAAGCUUUCAGCCAGAACAUUAGCUUGAUCCAACAUCUGAGAACUCAUUCUGGGGAGAAACCCUUUACGUGCAAUGAAUGUGGGAAAACCUUCCGACAAAUUAGACACCUUAGUGAACAUAUAAGAAUUCACACUGGGGAGAAGCCCUAUGCAUGCACUGCGUGUUGUAAAACCUUUAGUCACAGAGCAUAUCUGACACAUCACCAGAGGAUCCAUACUGGGGAGAGACCCUACAAAUGUAAGGAAUGUGGGAAAGCCUUUAGGCAGAGGAUACACCUUAGCAACCAUAAAACUGUUCAUACAGGAGUGAAAGCAUAUGAAUGCAACCGCUGUGGAAAAGCCUACCGGCAUGAUUCAUCCUUUAAGAAACAUCAGAGACACCACACUGGAGAAAAACCUUAUGAAUGUAAUGAAUGCGGAAAAGCCUUCAGCUAUAAUUCGUCACUUAGUCGACACCAUGAGAUACACAGGAGGAAUGCCUUUCAAAAUAACAUGUGAAAGUAGAUUAUUCAACAUGAGAACAAAAGCCAGCUCUAGAUCAGUGAUUCUGUUUUUAAAUUCCAGGAUUUUAAAUUUGAGGAAU